AUGCGGAAAGUCCUUGGCGUCGCCCUCCUCCUCCUCCUCGCGGAGAAUAGUUGUCCAAUCUCUCUCCCCGAGGCUGACAACAACGCCGAACCCUAUUGGAAGACGAGGGGGGAGCACCGCCCGUCAAGUAAGUUGCUAAGGGCACCCCAGGGGCGGCCGGGCUGGCGGAGCGGGCGGCCGAGGGGAGGGCGGGUCCCCGAGGCCCGGGCGCAGGUUCACAACCCCCCCCCUCACGCACACACGCACCCCGGCACCCCAGGUUCCGGGGGCCGGGGGAGCGGGGGUCCCCCACGGCCCGGGCGCAGGCUCCCCUCCACCCCCAGCUCCCGGGGUCGGGGCGCGGCGCCGCUUUCUCCUCACAGGUGCUCCGCGAGCGCGGGAAAAAGAGGAGGAGCCAGGGGGGAAAGCGGGGGACCCUCCCCAGCGACCUCGGCGACAGGAAGCUGCCCCCUCACCCCGACACCCCCGGGGCUCGUCCUCACCCCGCUCCGGGGCGCCGCGACACGGCGGCGGCGGCAGCGGCGAUCCAGGGCAGGAAAAGGCGGGGAAGGGGCGGCGACGGCCCUGGGCCCGGCCCGGGAGCGGAGCACCGCCCUCAGCAGUCACUGCCGGCGCUAUGGGCGCCGCGACACCGGCUGCCGCGGGGCGGCGAGGAUGCUGCCGGCACCGCUCGCCUCUCCCCAGCUCGCGCGGCCGUCCCCGGGCUCCCCGAAGCUGCUCCCGGCCGCCAUGACAGCGCCGAGGGCGGCCAGGCGCGGCGUGCGCGUGCGCGAGCGCAGGGGCGCGCAGGGGCGCGCAGGGGGCAGGGAGCGGGGGCGCGCGCAGGGCCGGGGCGCAGCACUCGCGUUUCCUGGAAGGACGGCGCCGACGCGCGCCCGGGGAGCGGCGCCGCGUCUCCUCCCUCCGAGGACGGCGGGCCCGCCCCUCGCCGGCCCGGGGCGCUGCUGA